UUUGGAAAUUUCCCCAGCCUGUAAAUUUCUGCACAGAACUGAUGUUACAGUAGGCGGGAGCGAGGGUUUGAUGACUAAGACUCUACUCUGUAUAAAUACAACAUCUACAACCCCAACCAGCAGCACAGUUCAGACAGGCAGCAACAGGGACCAACUUCCAAAACACAGAAGACAUCACUGAAGUGGAAACUUUGCCGAUCUUCUGAGAUUUUUUUUUUCUUUUGACUUUGGUUCAUACGUGAUUUUCUGUCUUUGAAGUUAGUUUUUGCAUUUUUGUUGCAUUUUGUGCCGCAGCAGAGCUCGCCAUGAGGUGCUGUGCGUUAGUGGUGUGUUUACUUUUGGGAAUAGGCGUGCAGAACGGAUGGAGCCGUCCUGUCAAGUCGGUCCUUGUCACCUCCCCAGGGAACAUCGUCAAAAAGGUGGCAGAUGUGGAGCUGGCACAAAGUUAUCUGAAAAAGUUUGGUUACAUGGUGACGGAGCAGCGCAGUGGCUUCAAGUCCAAGGUGUCCAUAGCAAAGGCUCUGAAGAUGAUGCAGAGACAGAUGGGUCUGAAGGAGACUGGAAAACUGGACAAGCCGACACUGAAUGCCAUGAAGCAACCUCGCUGUGGUGUUCCUGAUGUGGCUAAUUACGUCGUAUAUGGCGGGGUACACAAAUGGGACCAUAACAAUAUUACAUACAGGAUCCUGAACUAUUCUCUUGAUAUGGAAAGGACUGUGAUUGAUGAUGUCUUUGCAAGAGCCUUCAAGGUGUGGAGUGAUGUCACUCCUCUGACAUUUACCCGCCUUCUUCAAGGCGAUGCAGACAUCAUGAUCUCCUUUGAAACAGGUGACCACGGGGACCCAUACCCCUUUGACGGUAAGGAUGGCGAUCUAGCUCACGCCUUUUCUCCUGGUGUGGGCAUUGACAGGGAAGCCCACUUUGACAAUGAUGAAUACUGGACUCUAGGAAAAGGAAAAGUGGUGAAGACUUACGCUGGCAAUGCGGGAGGUGCCAUAUGUCACUUCCCCUUCACUUUCCAUGGGAGAUCGUACACCACCUGCAUCACUGAAGGUGCAAACAACAGCAUACCCUGGUGUGCAACCACAGCCGAUUACGACACAGACAAGAAAUACGGCCUCUGCCCAACUGAACUCUUGUUCACAUUUGACGGAAACGCGAAUGGAGCCCCCUGUGUCUACCCCUUCAUCUUCCAGGGUAAGAUGUAUAAGAGCUGCACCACCGACGGUCGCACCGACGGAAAACGCUGGUGUGCCACCACUAGCAACUAUGACACAGACGGGAUAUAUGGCAUCUGUCCCAAACGUGACACUGCUGUAAUUGGAGGAACCUCGGAUGGAGAUGCCUGCCACUUUCCUUUUGUGUUCCGGGGCAAGGAAUACCACUCAUGUACUAGUGACGGUUUAGUAGGCAGCAAAUUGUGGUGUGCCACCACAGAUAACUUUGAUAGAGACAAGAAAUUUGGCUACUGUCCCAACCGUGACACUACCGUAAUUGUGACAAGCUUAAAUGGAGAUCCCUGCCACUUUCCUUUUGUAUUUCGGGGGACGCUAUACUACCAAUGUACGAAUGACGGGAGGACAGACUUCAGAUUGUGGUGUGCCACCACUGGCAACUAUGAUAGAGACCAGAGAGGGGGUUUAUGUCCUGACCUGGGUAUUAGCCUGUUCCUGGUGGCUGCCCACGAGUUCGGACACUCCCUGGGUUUGGAUCACUCCAACAUUAGAGGAGCUCUCAUGUACCCUUCGUACAGCUAUGUGGAGGAUUUCUCCCUGGAUCAGGACGACAUUGAUGGUAUUCAGUACCUCUACGGAAAUAAAACAGGCCCUGGUCCUACUCUCAACGCCACAGUAAUACCUAAUCCGACUAGUUCAUCUGUUGUGACAGUGUCACCAAUUGUAGAUCCCACCAAAGACCCCUGCAAGAUGCUCAAGUUUGACACCAUCACUGUGAUUCAGAAACAUCUGCAUUUCUUCAAAGAUGGGUAUUUCUGGAAGGUAUCAAGCAAGACAGACAGAGGUCGAAAGGGACCAUUUUCCAUUUCUCAGAGUUGGCCAGCUCUACCUGCUGUCAUUGACUCUGCCUUUGAGGAUGUUCAGACCACAAAAAUAUACUUCUUUUCAGGAAGCAGGUUCUGGGUGUACACAGGAAGCAGUGUGCUAGGUCCCCACAGUAUUGAGAAGCUUGGUUUGCCCCCAAGUGUACAGAAGGUGGAGGGAGCGCUACAGAGAGGGAAGAGCAAAGUGCUUCUCUUCAGUGGAGAAAACUUUUGGAGGUUUGAUCUCAAGACCCAAAUGAUUGACAAAGGAUACCCCAAAUAUACCAGAGCCAGCUUUGGAGGUGUCCCUAAUGAUGCUCAUGAUGUGUUCAAGCAAAAAGGCAACAUUUACUUCUGCAGAGAUCUUUUCUACUGGCGCCUGAAUUCUGGCAGGGUGGUGGACCACACCGGCAAUGUGAAGUACGAUCUUCUGAAAUGCCCAAAAUAAUCAAGAAAUAACAACUGAGAUACAUGCACAGAUGGGCAGUGAGGCUGGAGCAACCAAAUGUUUCUUUGUGCAGGUGUCUGAAAGAAUGUGAUGCAGUGUUUGUUCAUCAUGCCUUUUGUAUGAUGUAUGUGCUUUAUGCAAUGUGAACGACUAACUUCUGUUGAAUUUGGCUGAUUAUUACUCAUACAGCAUUGGACUGAAUGCAAGUCAAAGGCCCAGAAGGCAAACAACCAUUGUUUGCACUCAGUCUAACAUGCUGUGAACUGAUGACCAUAGUGGCCUAUAAUUUGAGACCCAUACAAGUAAAUUCAACACAUGCUUUCUGGGUAAAACUCUGGAUUUGCAGAUGAAAUUUCAUGUCUGUCUGGUUCAGACCCUUGUCAGUAUUCAAAUAUUUAUUUUGGUAUUCAUAACAAUAUCUAAAAUUAUUAUUUUAUGCCAUGAGCCUAUUUGUUUUGUGUGGUUUUAUGAGUUUUUCUGAAAAUGGUUUCAAAGCCAUAAACUGCACUGGAAGACAUUCUGUGUCUCCUUAAUUAAAAUUAUUUAUAAAACUAAUAAUUUUGUACAAAUAUUCCAGCUUUCAAUUCAAUAAAAAUUAUGUGAGAACAUUC